UCCGCCCAACCUUCACCCGCCAUUGACACCACUCGCCGCCCCGGCUGAUCACAAUGGGCUUCUGGGACACGAUAACCGACCUCGUCGAGGCUGCCACGCCCUGGUCGACGGCCGACGCCGAUGCCCCCGCCAAGGAGUCGACCGAGGAAGUGACAGCCGAGACUACCCAGGAGGAAGCUAGCUCAGAGAAGGAGGCUGCCGAGGCCCCCGAGGAGGAGCCCGCCGCUGAGGAAGAGGAGGAAGAAGAGGAGGAGGAGGAGGAGGAGGAGGAGCCAGAAAUUGUCGACCCCAAGGAGCAGCUUGAGGAAGAGUGCCGGAACUCCAAGCAAUGCGCCCCGGUUAAGCACCACUUCGACGAGUGCGUCGAGCGUGUCACAAGCGCCCAAGCCAACGGUGAAACCGCCAAGGAGGACUGCGUUGAAGAGUUCUUCCAUCUCGCCCACUGCGCCACCCAAUGCGCCGCUCCUAAGCUCUGGUCCAUCCUCAAAUAAACAAACCAGAACAUGGCCCCGCCUUGGACUUCCCCUGUCUUUCGAUCGACAGCCCAGAGUUUAGCUCACCCUAGAAUAUGAAUGAAGCGUUUCUCGUUCCCACUGGCAACAAACAUGGCUCAUAGAGAAGGGGAAGCGGAAUGUACCUAUAGAAGAGUCGUGGGGCGUUGGCUGGCUUUUGCUUGUGCGAGGAAGAGAGACAGGCGGGAUUCCAUGACGCGGGAGACAAAUACUACAAGACGGUGGGGGAGCAACACGCCUGUAUAAUCGAUUCGGAUGGAGAUGGGGGGACUGCCCGAAUCUGUUGUAUCACUACCUACCCUCCCAUCAUGGUCACUAUGCUUAUGCCUUGGGAAACACGAAUCUAGAUGUUUUUGAGACUCUAUACUAACGACAUUUGUAACCAGUCCAUUAUCUCCUCGGCCUUGACCCAUCCACAGUGGUGUAACCCGAACUUGUUUCCCGGGCGGCUGCCAUGG